AUGGCUUCCGGUCCCCGCCCGUCAGCGCUCUGCUUCACGCUUUCCCUCGUUUUAUGGUUCUGUGUCCUUAUCAGGGCUCAGGAAACAACAACCGAGCUACCGACAACAACACCCCUUCCCGAUGGCGACCAGCGGGCGACAGUUGGUUGGGUGAGCAAUCCUAGACGGAGAGGCACCCUGACCCUCCUUAUCGAAUGCCUGACGACAAUCUUUGCCUGCACCUGGACCGUCUUGCACCUCAACGUCCCUGCCAUAACCGAUUCCACCAUGACACGGGUUCUACGCAAAGCGAAAUGGAUGGCCAUUACGGUUCUUUUUCCCGAAUUCAUUUUCGCUAAAGCUGUAUGCGAACUUCGGUUUGCGUUAGAAAUGCUUGAUUGGGUUUCCUAUGCUGUUCAUUGUCGCCCCGAUCACUUCCAAACGGUAUCAAAGAUGAAAAAUGCCGGAGAUGAUGGUUCCGCCUGGGUCCUCUGGGCUUGGACCGUCAAGUUCGAGCCUCUAAAGAGAAUUCUUUACACACUACUCAUGUGGAAAACACCAUACCAUUCACGUGUGCCGUUGGCAGUGGUGGAGAAGGGGAAGGUGGUCAAGGAGGGAAAGACAUUUAUCGAAAAGAGCUUCUCGGAAAAAGACCGACCUCGCGAUGGAAGGGCGGUAUUGAGAGUUCAGAAGUGGACACUUUCACACGCAUAUUACGCCAACAUGGGCGGAAUAGUGGCACGGAAGCGGAUGUAUGAAUUCACUGCGGAUAACAAGGAGUCAUUCGUUACCCACUUGUAUUCAGUUGUCCGCGGCGACCAUCUCGCACGUCCUGAUUUCAGAGCGUGGGAGCUCGGUCAUCCACUCAAAGAACUUCGACUAUCUGAGGACGAUAUCAAGGACAAAAGCAAAGCGGACUGGGUCGUCAAGACAAUUGCUGUUAUCCAAAUUGCACGCCUUUUAUUUGACCUCGUUACACGUGGUUUCCCUACGCCGGUGGAGGAGCUUGCCUGGCGCAUAGCUGCACUGGUGUCAACGGUCUCACCCAUCCUUGCUUUGGCUGGAAGCUUCGCGAUUCUUCAAUAUAGACCUAGGAAUCUCAAGCGGAAGCAGGCUGAAGCCGUGGAAGAAACUCUGGGUUGUCUUAGCUGCCGCGGCGAUACUGCAUUAACGACAUGGAACAUCGAUGAUGAUUGGUGGAAAGCAUUCACAACGGCACUUUACAAGUCCGUCCGGGAUCUGAUGUGGGUCAAUAAAAGCAGAAGACAUGAAGAACACCACCUCAACACCGUGUGGAAUAUCGCACGCGAGUUGAAGACAUCCGCCGGUCAGAAUCUUGCCCUGAGGGGCGAGUACGAGAAAUGGGACAGGGAUGCCUCUACGCAUCCAUCACUGAAAGUGGGGCCCGAGUGGCACCCUUUUGAGGCGCCUGAAGGGAUGUUCCAAUGGUUUUUCUCACGUUGUGCCGAGGAACCUGCCAGCGUGCAGUCAUAUCAGGAAGCGAAGAAGGUUUGGGAUAUCCACGCACAAAGACUUUUGAGAGUUCUCAACAUCAGCAGUGGCAUCAUCUACACGGCUGCUCGGCUAAUCCUCUUUGGGAUCAUGUUCUCCAGUCUCCGGGCGGUUCCUGAUGGCGUAUACGACACUGCGAAUUGGACCCGCUUCGUGCCGAGCUUUUCGUGA